AUGGCUCAUGGAAAAAGUCCAGGAACCAUCUCCAAAAUAUUGGCUCCCAGCCCUCCGCCGUGCCCUGGUCCAGGACUCACAGAAGAGAGCCAAGAAGAGCAGCACACAGGUUUAGUGAGGGAGGUAUCAGCGCAACCACUGUGUACCUUGAAGGAUGGUAACAACGACCAGCUGACUCCUCCUGCUCCUGCAAACCACUGUUACACAAAUUGCGACCCUAGUCGAGAGGACAUGGAGGACACCUGCUCUGAGUACGACAACGUGGGCUCUGAUGUUGAGCAGGAUUAUGAUGAGGUCCUGCAUUUAAACAGGGAUGGCGUCAUGGACACGAGGUAUUACAAGCAGUACUGUCCUGAGGAUGGUGGUUAUAUAAAGCAUGCAGUAGGUGAUAAUAUUAAUGAGAGCAACAGUGACCAGUUCACUCCCAGGCCUCGUCAUAGCACAGAAAUAUGCGAGGGAUCACAAUCAGAUGCUAAGCCUCACAAGACAGGCCAUCGGUUUAGGUCGCAUUGCACCCCCAUUGCUGCAGAUGAAGCAGAGGGGGAAGUGGAAAGGGGCCAGGAGAACAGGUUCUUUUUUAGUGAUGGGGAUGAGAUAGAAGAGGUGCUGGAUGGGGCCAAAUUUAUAGAGGAUUUAGAGGAGACAGAGAACACUGUUCAAACGCAGGCUAGCCUUUAUCAGGACAAUGAGAAUGAAAGAAUUAGAAAGGGAGGUGAUGAAAAGGAAAGAGAAGAUGACCCUCGAAUCACAAGAAACUAUAAUAUCCCAGUAGUCAGUAAGAAGUGUGAGCCGUCUCACGUGGGUUCAAAGGAGAAGGAGAGGCAGGGUAAAGGACGAGGAAGAAGGGGCACAGGACAGGACAUUGAGCAUGUUGUCUCUGGAAUCAAAGGAUGCACGACCAACAGCGCUGAACAGCGUCCAAAGACAUCGUCAAAGGACUACAAAAAGGCUGCUGUGCGGACCAAAGCUAGACCUAGUUCCAGUAAGCAACAUCCUCUUCCACCACCUCGUCAUUCCCAUGCUCAGUCACCUGCCGACACACAGAAGGCCCAGCCUCGUAGAGAGACUCCUCCUGUUCCCAGACCCAGUCCCCCUGCUAACAGCCAGGAGAGUGAUCCCAGGGUUAUCGAACCAUCCCUGGCUCCUCAUCACACUCCAGAGCAACAAAGGGAGCCUCCCGAAGAGAGGCAGAGACAGCCAGAAAAACCCCAGCAGCAGGCUGAGAAACAAAGCAAAGCCGUGAUGCCUGAGAACGUGCCAGAGCAGCUGAGGAGGCCUCAAUGUCCAGAGCUCGUCCCUGCAGAGGAGAGCAAUUCUCCCAAGGAAGCUGCUUCUUUCCCCAGCUUUGAGGACGUCCCAGGUCCCUGUGAGCCAGAAGAUCUCAUUGAUGGGAUCAUCUUUGCUGCUAACUACCUUGGCUGCACCCAGGUGUUGUCUGAUAAGAAUCCCUCCAAGUCCGUCCGCAUGUCCCAGGCUCAUGAAGCUGUCAGUCGUAUCAAGAGCCAAGAUGAAGACUCUCAAAUGAUGACUGAAGUGGACCUGUUUAUCUCCACUAAAGCUGUCAAAGUGCUCAAUGCUGACACACAGGAGACAAUGAUGGACAGCGCCUUACGUACUAUCUCUUAUAUUGCUGACAUUGGCAGUAUUGUGGUUCUGAUGGCACGGAGGCGCAUGUCUCAGGCGUCAUCAGAGGAUUUCUCCGAAUCUCCCGUGUCUACCAGUGAAGGGAAGAGUCAGUACAGGAUGAUCUGCUAUGUCUUUGAGUCAGAGGAUGCGCAGCUCAUUGCACAGUCCAUCGGUCAGGCUUUUAGUGUGGCCUACAGAGAAUUCCUCCGAGCCAAUGGCAUCAACCCGACAGACUUGAGCCAGAAACAAUACAGUGACAUCAUCAACUCCCAGGAAAUGUACCACGAUGACCUCGUCCAUUUCUCAAACUCAGACAACUGUAAAGAGCUGUAUGUGGAGAAGCAGAAAGGGGAAAGCCUCGGUGUGGUGAUUGUUGAGUCCGGCUGGGGCUCCAUUCUGCCCACCGUCAUCCUGGCCAGCAUGCUGAACAGCGGGCCUGCAGCUCGCUCUGGUAAACUCAGUGUUGGGGACCAGAUUAUGUCCAUCAAUGACACCAGCCUGGUUGGGCUGCCGCUUGCCACCUGCCAGGGUAUCAUCAAGGGUCUAAAGAAUCAGUUGAAGGUAAAGCUGAGUAUCGUGAGCUGCCCUCCUGUCACCACUGUCCUCAUCAAGAGACCUGAUCUCAAGUUCCAGCUUGGCUUCAGUGUUCAGAACGGCAUUAUCUGCAGUCUGAUGCGGGGUGGCAUUGCUGAGCGAGGUGGUGUUCGUGUUGGACACAGAAUCAUUGAAAUAAAUGGUCAGAGUGUGGUUGCCAUGGCACAUGAGAAGAUUGUUCAAACCCUGUCUGUGUCAGUCGGUGAGAUCAACAUGAAGACGAUGCCUGCUGUGAUGUUCAGACUGUUGACAGGACAGGAGACACCCACCUACAUAUAA